AUGUAUCUAAGCGCAAUCCUCUUCAUUACACUUACACAAGUCAUCUCCUCGCUCUGCUCUCCCGUUAUCACGGUAGAAGCACACGAAAAUCAGCCAGAACUUGAACGCAGAGCAGGUUUUUACGGACCUUUUGCAACAGCUGGAGUCCACUGCUGCCAAAAUGACAGACCAGACUGGUCACCAAGACAUUGGUUGGACUAUACACAUGUAACAGAUGAAUUAGCGCGAGAAAACGGAGAUUCACAAUUCUCCCAACAAGGAUGCAAACGCAUUCGCAACACUGAAUGUAUAAACGGUGCCGAAGUUGUCGUUUGCAACGAUUACAUGCUUGAAAAGUACAUUCCCAAUAUCGAGAUUCGAGGAAUGAUGGAUGCUAUUUACGAUCAAUGCAAAAUCACGCCUUGCUCGGGGAAGAAUGGAUAUGAUUGUUCGGGACUUAAACAAAUCUACCCAACGUUUCCACAGACUGAUGAGGGCGAUGAUAUUAUCACUUAUGUCGACAUAAUCGCCGUUCAUGGUCUCAAUCCACGCAGCUCAACUAGUCACCACGUUGACACCUGGGAAAAAGAAGGGCAUCUAUGGCUCAAAGAAGCUCUACCAAAGCAGACCCGAAAUGCACGAAUUUGGACCUACUCCUAUAGUUCGAGCGUCUUCUACGGCAAAGAUAGAAGUAGCUUUAUACAAAAGGCAGAUGAGUUUCUCGAGGCAAUUCGAAUUAAGAGAGUAACGGAUCCGGACAGACCGUUGGUGUUGAUUGGACAUAGUCUUGGAGGGUUGCUUAUUGAGCAGGCGCUUGUGAACGCGCACAACAACCCAAGGUACACGCAUAUCAAAGAUGCAACUACAGGACUUGCUUUUUUCGCUACUCCACACAAUGGCGGAGACCCCAAGUUGUUGACACUCGGAAACAUCACAUCAAACAUCGCUAGGGGCGUCGGGUUCGAAAAGAAUAAAGACAUUUUGGAAGCACUCAAGGACGACUCUAUCUAUUCUGGAAUUCUCCGGGAACAUUGGAGACAGCAAAUUCUCAAAUACCAAAUCGUUUCUUUCUGGGGCAGCGAGGACAACAUUGUCUCUGACAAAAGCGCCAAAUUUGGAACCCUUCCAGGAAAUGUCGAACAUGUUGUCAAAUUAACGGGCAGCCAUAGCGACAUCUGCAGAUUCGACCCAAACAAUGAAAGGGAUGCAGAAAAUCUCGAAAUCGUGGCGUGUAAUAUACAAGAGCUUUACGAAAUCGCGCUUAAAGAAAGUGUUGUGGCUUUUAGUACUCACGUACUUCAGACUCUUGCAUUCGAGAGAAUGACGGCAAAAUACCAAAGGGUUGUCACCGCUCACGAAGAUACUUUCAAUUGGAUCCUAGAAGAACACCCGAGUUUCAGCUCACCAAAUGGGGGUGAAAAGAAUGCAAACUUUCAAAAAUGGUUCCGAGAGAACAGCAUGAAUAAGUGGAUGCGAAGACAGACCCGAGAUGGGGAGAAAAAUAACGUGUACUGGAUCGUUGGGAAAGCUGGAUCUGGAAAAUCAACCUUGAUGAAGCAUAUUUUCAAGCACCCAAAGACCGAUCGAAUUCUGUCUCAAUGGACGGGGAGAUCUCAACUUCUGAGGGCUGGCUACUUUUUUGAGCGUGGGCACAGUAGCGAGCAGCGGAUGUUGCAAUCUUUGUUGUAUCAACUUCUCAGUCACGAUGAAUCGAUGAUUCAGAAGGUUUACAAGAAGCUUUGGGAGCGUUUUGCAAGUUUUAAAGAUAUUCGCCGGAAGAGACCUGAUCAAAAAAGUUCUAGCGACAACGAUUCCGAAACACCUCCAGCUUCAGAAGAUCCAGAUGUUAUCCUACCUCCACCUCAUAGUGGAGAGUUUAAAAAGUCUGGGGUACUUGAGUCCGACGUUUUGGGAGUUGACCAAUUGUUUGAAGCUCUUACGAGGGCCACAGAAUUGAUUUCCGCCACUACCAAGCUGUUCUUCCUUAUUGAUGGACUCGACGAGAUUGUAGGAGUAGAGGAUGGCUUUCACGAAAACCGAAUGACGGCUUACAAGGUGUGCCAGUCACUCUCGCAAAAGAUCAUAAAAAUUGCCAAACAUACGAAUAUCAAGCUCUGUGUGUCAAGUCGGCCCCACCUUGGUUUCGAAGAAGAGCUAGGGAAAAUGAAGGAUUACCCAAGACUUGACCUGGAAAGAGCUACAGGGCCUGAUAUUGAGCACUACGUUAAUACGCAGCUCGGUGGCAAUCCAAGGUUCACUCAAAUGGUUGGAAUGGAUCCUCAAACGGCAAAGGAGAUAUGUCAAGACAUCAAGAUCAAAGCUUCUGGGAUGUUUCUUUGGGUUUCUAUCGUCGUCAAGCUACUCAUUGAUGGUGUGGAGAAUCGCAGUCGACUACCCGACCUGAAGCGAAAAAUCAGAAUGAUUCCAAGAGAGCUCAGCGGGGAAAAUGGGUUGUAUAUGCAGAUGUUGAAGAGCGUUGGUAGCGGUCAAGUCGCCGAAAGGUCCAGGCUCAUUCGGAUUUUGUACCACUCCUUUUCAAUGGAAAUCGCGCUCAGUCCAAUUCUACUCGAUCUUGCAGAAGAGGAGGGUAAGAUCGAAGAUUUGAUUCAUGAAAGUCGACGGGCGAAUUUCAACGUUGCUGAGAGCUUACAGCGUGUGAAAGACCGGCUCAUAAGUUGCUGUGGCGGCCUUUUCGAGGUAAGAAGCAUUGAUUCCCCAUCCCAGCAAGGGUUGGGACAAGAUUUCUAUAGCAAUUCGAUUGUAGAUGUUGUGCAUGGAACUGUCUGGGAGUUUCUUGUCGAAGAAGCGACAGUAAAGGAAGUAGAGCAGCAUAAAACAACGGUACCUAGGUUUGACAAAUUUGAGGAUCACCCACCUGGUCCCCUUACUUCACUUAUCAGAGCCGCCAUCUUAAGUCUUCAUUUUCUCCCGCCUACUACCAGUAAGGAUCGGAGAGAACGAGCCAAAGUUCCCAUCGAUUUGGUCAUAUUAGCAACGCAAACGAUUGACUACGACCUUUUGAUUAUGGAGCCAAAAGAUAUUCACGAAAAGGAAGUGCUUCAGCUGAUGAGCAAUUUGAUCAUGGUUUUCGAUAAGGUUGGUGACAAGGCGAUUCAGAAAACACGACGUAUCUUUGAGAAUUCAUCAAGGCAUUGGAUCUACAUGGUUGACCAGAAGCUGUUUAAUUAUUUUGAUGACUACGAAUCUUACAUGGUAUCAUGGCUUCUCCAGUCUGGUAUCAUACUUAUUGUGGAGGUCCUUUUAUUUGAUGAAAAGUACAAGCAUAUUUACAACAAGGAUAAAUCGCCAAUCUGUCACGCAAUACUAAGAUUCUUGGAUGGCGACGCUUCCAGAAAUAAGCUUGAGAAUAGCAUACUUCUCAGCAUCAUCGCUCGCCUCUCGCCUCAAAAGAUCCACUCCAAACUCAUAACUUCCGACUUCAAGGAGCAUGACAAGAAUUAUAGAUCAUUAUGGUCACAAAUUUUAUACGUCAAUCAUCCGCGAAAGGAAACAAGCGUGGCACAGAAGCUCCGUUAUAUUGAGCUCUUGAGGGUUCUAAUUAAGAAUGUCCCGAACCUUCUGGAGUCACCAGAUGGGGAAGCGUCAGACGUUGUAUGUUUAUUGACGCUUUACUUUGAUGAUGUUGAGAAAGAGAGGGAUGAACUACUGAGGUUGAUUGAGCCUACCAGAAAGAACCAGGAAUCCAAGUGCGUCUUGAUGUAG